GUACGGUCGCAAAACGUCUCGUUGCACUUGCGUGUGUGUGUGUUAAAAAGCAAUGCGAGUGCACGCGUAAGCAGACAUCUACCAAAGUGUUCGUUCUGUGAGUGUGCAUGUGUGUGCAAGCAGACAGGCUUUCGGGCGCAACAAUAGUUGCUACAAAAACAAAAGCAUACAAAAAACAACAAAUAAAAGGACAGUGGACGUUCGUUCGCAGGUCCAAGUCAGUUAACUAGUUGGCGUGAAUUUUUGCCCUUUUUGCAUUGUUUGCUGGCUUCGUCCGGCAGUUGGCGUUAAAGUUGUGUGUAGCAAUUAAAGCAUUGCCUUUCAUUAGGCAGCGCUUAAAUGAGAUUACAAACAGAAGUGCGUGCCUGUAGUGCGCGGCAUUUUACGAGCGUCUUGUUUGUUGGCGCGUGUGCGUGCGUCUAGUGAAGCACAUAGUACAUACAUUUCGUUGCGUAGUAUUAAAAGAAAGUAAACGGCAUUAAGGAAUGUGUGCCGCAAUUGAGGUCCUCAGAAUCGUUGGAGCAGUUGGCAUUAACGCUGAAAACGCAACAAAUUAUUGCAUAUCAUCAGGCUUAAGCAGGCGUGCAUAAAAAACGCGUAAAUCAAAAGUAGAGCAACAAAUCCGCUUGCGAUAAGUGCACACCAUAAAAAAGUACUAAUCGCGGGGAUAAAAACUGCAUUAAAUUCAAUAAUAGCGCACAAAACUUUGUGUAUAGCUCGAAAGAGUGGGCGCCCGAAAUAAUGCAAACAUUACUGCGCUCAACGUUAAACUUUUAAGAGUAAAAAAAAAGCAAAUCUGCAAAAUGUGGUACUGUAAUUAAGUCUCGAAAACAAACGGUCGAUGCUUUUGUAAAUGCGCGCCGCCGUCUUUAUUUGGUUUGCUGGAACGCUCCGCCAAAAUAUACAAGCAUGUAGGUGUGUAUAUGUGCAGCUAAACAAAUUAAAGCUGUAAAACGAAACGAAAGUGUGUACGCGGUGGCAAUUGUUUAAAAGUUUCGCACAUUAAAAGCAACAUUAUCGCGUUGCCGGUGGAGUAAGAGAUUAUUAAAACAAAAUUCAAGUGCAAAAGUUGAUAAACACAGAAACAAGAAAACAAAUUAUUUGUACAAAACGCCAAAAAGUAGGCAAGACAAAUAGCAAUUUAAGUACCUUGCUAAAGCAGGCAAGCGAAUGUGCAAUGAAUUGCGUGUGGGUGCCUACGAGUUUGUCAGAAAAAGAAAUGUAUGCAAUGAAAAGUUGCUAAAAAGUUUGCAAGUGUGGUGUAAAUGUGACUCGAAAGUAACGUUAAAAAAAUACAAACAUAUCGGUUGGGCGCAGAGUGCAAGUCAUGUGCGGCUAAAAAGAGAAUAAACCAGCGCGUACAAAAUUGCUAAAGUUUAAAUUAAUUUAUUGAAACAGGACAUAAGCAAAUCUACAAUUUGGUGGUUUUGUUUUAUUUGCUAGUAGGCUUCACAGUUGGCAAAGCAAGAAUUUCGUCGCGUAUGCGGAAAAGUUUCAUUAACGCGUCGAGUGUGCGUAGCGACAUGUCGUUUCGUAGUCGGUUGGUCGGCCGUCGGGUGUCGUCGUCGGUGUAAAUUUGUCGCGCACCACGUGGUAUGUGUAUGUACAUAUGUAUGUAUAUGCACAUCUGGCAUCACUGUCAAAGACCUACUAACCAACUUGUUUGGAAAGCGGAAGCAUCAAAGUUUGCGCUCAAAAAGCAACGAAGUCAAUAAAAAAUAUGCAAUAGGAAAAAUGGACUGAAAUGAUUUCAGUAGACAUACGCUCAAAGUAAAUAUAUCGAAAUCAAGUCGAUGAUAUGGUUCUAAAGAGGCUUAGUAGCUGAUGAUCUCGCCGUGAGUUUGAAUAAUUACCAAAUAGCAAGUGAAAAUAAAGCACCAUUGACUCUCAGAGCGCGGAGCGCGCGAAGUAGCUCACUUUGUGAGCUCUGCGUGAGAGCGUUUGGACCUAGUUCGAUGACGGCGCACUCCCAUAAGUUGCCGCUUUGUAUGCUGCUGCUAAUCGCACUACUACACAAUACAGCAACAACUACCGGAGGCACGCAUCAAAAAAGAGAAUACAGAGUAACCAGAAGAUUCAUAGAAAUUGGCAGCGAACAAGCGUUUUCAGCAGAGACGAUACGAGAGUCGGUAUCGAAGGGCAGCAAAAUUGGGGAAUGGCAUAUAGAAGGUGUUGAGUGCAGAAAGGGAGAAACAGUACUAAGGGAAAAUAAGAAUGCGGAAGAAGCGCCGGCGAAAGAGAAAACUACCCCCUGUCUCAAUGGCAGUAAAAUCCUCACAGCAACGAGAGCAACUCAGCUUAGCAUAGACACCAACCAACUGGUGAGAGAAGGUCUUUUCGCGAAUGUGAGCAGCGCCAAGAAUUUAACACCAGCACUGGAGGAUAAGAAACCGUGCUCCGCCGUACAUGACAUUCUCAAGCAUCAGAUCGUUUUAGAUGUUAAGCCCAUCACCAAUUCGAAAAUCCUGCACAAAACACCCGCGCCAGCAACAACAAUUGCCACCUUCUCUUUGCGCCUUAAAAACGCACAUACCAGUAGUCAUAUCAAUUAUCCGCCGCCAAGUGCAGCAAUUUCACCGCUUUCACAUUGGCCAGCAUUGCGUUUUAAGCGGCAACAAGCAGCGCUCCCACAUAAAACGCAGCAGCUGAGCGCAUUACAGAGUAGCACCGGCACUGCAGCGCACUACAAUCCAUUACCCGCUGUGCCAUUACCGACGCCACCACCUUUUCCCGGCAAUUUUGCAAUUUCACCAUUUAGCGGCGGCGGUGGCGGCGGUGGCGGCGGCGGCGCCAAGCACAUCAGCACCGCUGGCAAUGUUUUGAAUGCCUUCGCCGGUUUCUCAUCCGCCUCUUCCGCUUUCUCAGCCACACAUCGCACAAAUUCGCUUUGCGGUGGCAUCCUUAAGUCGCGCUAUGGCACUCUACAGACACCAAAUUUUCCACAUAAAUUCCCAGCACCCAUCGAAUGUGUGUGGGUAAUUGAUGCCUCUGAGCUGCCAAUUACAACUUCCGCUGCUGCAGCUGUAGGCGGCGGUGGCGGUGGUACCAACGUCUCCAUCAUCGUUUACCUAACGCAAUUGUAUGUGCUGGGUGGCCUCAAGUUCACCGAAUAUAUGUACUAUUCGGAUGAUUAUAAAGUGCCGGCACACCGUGUGUUCACACUUACUGAAGAUGACGUGACACAGGUGGCAUGGGUGCAAUUUAGUAGUCAGUAUCUGGAGAUACGUUUCACGAUGACCUCUUUGGAUGGCACACAUUUGCGCGCCUUGGAUCGUCUGCUGGACGUAUAUGGCUUCAAUAUUACCUAUGAGGUGCAGCAGCAGGUGAAGACGUAUCAGUGCAAUACACUGCAGUGUCGAUUUCUCGGCCAUUGCUAUGCGAAGGCGGACUACAGCUCCUACUACUGUUCAUGCUUUCCCGGCUUUAGUGGCACCGAUUGUGGACGUGGUCCAUUGUGUGAGGAUCCCCAUACGAAUAUCUGUCAAAAUGGCGGCACAUGCAAACAUAUCGGCGAUGCAGCCAUCACAUGCCACUGUCCGAGCGGCUUUAAAGGCACCAAAUGUGAAAUUCCGGAAAUAAAUGAAAUAACAAUGGGUUGCACUUCCAACUCCACCACGAGUGAUUGUCAUAAAGAAUGUGAUUUCGAUCGUGUUAGCGAAGGCAUCACGCUGCGAAAGGCUAGCAAAAUGACUGCACGUAAUGGAAAAACGCGAUAUGAAGUGACAAUACGCUUGGGUGCCAACUUAACUGCCUUUUAUCGCAACAUGGAUCCAGAAAGGCGCCCAAGCGAUCAUUUACCUAGUUUACUGGAGCGACAUCUUAUGCGCGUUCUACGUAACUUCAAUAUCACCAAAAUUAGCGAUUUGGAAUUGAUUUCGAAUAGCACAGAUCGCUUGGAUAUUACAUUUCAUUUUUUCGGUGUAAAAGGCGAUUCAAAUCGCAUACGUGAGGCCAUUACUCGUAUGGUAGAACGUGGCCGCAUUGGAAAUAUUACACUCGUUUCGAAUUACCAUUUAUUCGAUGAAAACCCACCGUUGAAUUUAUUGGAAUUGACAAUUAAUCAAAAAUCAGCGAUACGUGAAGACAGUGAAUUUAUAAUUUCAUGCACCGCCCAAGGAUCAUCGCGUAUGCAAUUUCAAUGGUACAAGGAUGGUGCACGUGUCAAUACGUCCAAGGCUACAAGAGAAAUCUGGACCACCGUUCUACCACCGGAAACAAAAGAUACUUUCACUGCCAUUUUGGGUAUAACAAAAGCAAAUCGCAUGGACGAAGGCAUUUACACGUGUAAGGUCACCGAUUGGGGCGUUGAGCAGUGCCGCUCGCUCCAUGUGCACAUUAAAAUACCACCUCGCCUGCGCGUCGAUCCGGCCAGCGUGACACUGCAACGCGGCGACUCACUACGCGUACGCUGUCUCUCACCCGGCAACGAUGACAUCAAACACUACGCACAACUCGGCUACAGCUGGACACGCAACGGUGUACUCUUUCAAUCGAAUCCCGCCACAGUGAUGUGGGAAGACCUUUAUCCAGAUGGCAGCAUACUGAAAAUUAACAACAUACAGAAAUCUGCCGAGUACACUUGCAUUGUCUCAAAUACUGUGCGUCCCGUUUCAAAGAGCGUCUACAUCACCGUUAUCGACCGCAAUGCGGUGCAUGUUUGUCACAGCGCUAUGCUCUACGGUGUCCGUUGGCCAACAAGCGCACCAGGCGCCGCCAUUGUAGCCGAUUGUCCGCGCGGUUUCGAAGGCCACUCGCGGCGUAUCUGCGAAAGCCGCGACACAGGCAAUUCGACAUGGUUGUUGCCCGAUUUCUCGCUUUGCGUACACGAUCAACUUUUGGCGAUUUACAAUAAAUUCCGUGCAUUAAGCGCCGGCUACCAGCAGACCAACUCAUCGGCCAUACUGAAGGCUUGCUUCGAGUACACAGUUAAGCGACAUAAGCGCUUUCUGCCCGGCGAGGCGGGAUUUCUCAUCGAUAUGCUGCAUGAGGUCGAUACUUAUCUGCAGCUAAAAGGCACACAACUAGAGCGUGAGAUGGCAGCUGAAAUAAUUUUGCACAUACUCGAUAAAGUCAUGCAAAAUACACAAUCGCUGAAUAGUCAACAGCAAAUUAAAAAAUUGCAACUCUUAACACAAUCAGCAGCGUUGAACCGUGAAACAAUUGCAGCAUCUCAAUUAGCAACAUCAACAUCAUCCACGUCAGCAGCAGCAGCAGCAGCAGCAGCAGCAGCAGCAGCGGCUGCGGCCGCAACGUCUGCAUCAUCAGCCACAGCAGCAGGCAAUAGUGCAAUAUCAUCCUCAUCCUCGGCCUCUGCUCCGGCAACUACAACACACACAGAUGACGGCGGCGCAUCGAGCUCGGCAACAGCUGGCAAUGCCAUGUCACCGGCACGCUCCACUUCAGCCAAUUCAGCGUUAGCUACAUUGUUGCGGAACGAUGCUGGCGGUAGUGGUACUGGUGGUGUUGGUGGUGUUGGUGGUGCCAACAGCAUACUCACAGUCGAUGAGGAUUCUUUGUCGUUGGAUCGCUUAAAUUCGCUGCGCAUCUAUAUGACUUCAGUGAAAACGUUGCCGUUCAAUUUGAGGAUUUACGGCGAUGAUUUGUUCGCGGAUCAACUUUACGUGGACAUUGGACUCUCCACCAGCCUGCUCAACAUAAUGGCCAACUCAACGAUAUUCGCAUCGGUUAUCUCGUAUAAAAAUUUAAAAAGUUUUCUACCAAAAACUUAUUACACGCGCGGCAGCGACCCCAAAGAGUCUGACUACAUUUUGGCCUCGCGCAUUUUGCAAACUUGGCUUUUUCAGUCGAAUCGUUCAAACGAUAAUCUACGUGAACCACUCGAUUUACCUUUCGAAGCGGGGCAUGUUGAGAUCAUAUUUCAACAUGAAGCAGCACCAAAGGAUGGCGAUUGGGUGGCAGUAUGUGGUCAUGACUACAAGGCCUCCUUUGAGUCCACUUGGCGUUCUGAUUUGUGCAUGACCAAGCACCUGAUGGCGAAUAUUACGCGCUGUAUUUGUCCAUUGUCUGGCACCUACGUUGUCAUGCUUACGAAACGUAAUAACAAUUCUCAACCCAUCUCGCCCACUCAACGUCCACUCUUUGUGAUCAUCAGCUGCGCCUGUGGUCUGCUGCAGUCCUGUUCGGCGUUUCUCAUACUUCUUCCGAUUUGGUUUAAUCGCAAAUGUGCAAUCACAUUUUUAAAAAUGCAAUUUUGCGUCUCCACGUCUAGUAUAAUGAUAAUUUUUCUGCUGGGAUUCCUAAAAAUGUUACCAGUGAAUUGGCAAGCCAUUGUCAACUCAUCGCUUGCUUCACUGCUCUUACUCGGUGUCUCGACCACAAUUGCAAUUGCAUUGGUUGUAAAUUCCGAGUUGGUGCCGAAAAAAAUGUUGCAUAUAAACAAAAUGUCAGCAACAGCAGCGACAAGUGGACGCACCAUCACAGCAGUAAAAAAAGAACAUCAACAUCAACAGCAGCGUCACCGUCACCGUCACGAGAUGAAUAAGCGUCGUAACUCUACAAGUGGCAAUGACAAUGGCAAUGGCGCAAACGUGACCACUGCUAACGCCUCCGCAACAACCAUCGAUGCGACCAGUCUGAGUGCCACCACAAACAUAAAACAAAUCAGCAGCAGUGACGCCGGCGGCGGCAAUGUUGCCAGCAAUGACAAUAGCAUUGCCAACGACAGUACCACAGUGAAUAGACGCGUUGGUGGCGGCAGCGUCGUAGUUCCGGCGCGUUCUGUCGCCCGCGUGCAAGAGCUCUACUUUCCGGUGAGUGUGCGGGCCGUCAUUGGCAUUAGUUGGUUGCCGCCACUACUAUAUGCCAUCACCGUGCCGCUCAUAUGCAGCAUUAUUGGCAAAUGGCCACGCAAUUGGUGGCUGGAAGUGAUGAGCAAUACAACAGCGGACGCAACAAGAACAACAACAACAACAACUUCAUACUCCAAGUCCGGAGGUCUGCUGGGCAUGCAUCAUGGUUUAUCCACGCUUGUAGGCGGAUAUGGUAGCGGCGGCGGCGGCGGCGGCGGCGGCGGAAGUGAUUACUUAGUGGAGCAUAUGGCGCAUUCACCGCCGCCCUCGUCUUCGCUGAGUUUGAAGGUUGAACCGAACAACAUCAACAGCACAAGCCAUAUCUAUGAUGUUAUGAUGAGCACAACAACGACAACCAGCACAUUGGAGGCUGAAUCAGUAACAGCAGCUGAUGCUACUGCCGCAGCGGCAGCUGUUGCGACCGGAAUAUUAACAACUACCAGCUCUGCAACUGCCACCAGCGACUACAAUCAGCAUUCUUCAACAUAUUCGUCGUCUUCCGCCAACUUCUCAACAUCCACUGCCAUUUCAACCACCUUCUCCGUUGCCGGCUGGCAUAAUAACUUCCAACCGGCAGCAAUCUCCGCAUCCUCUUCCGUUACCGCUGCUGCCUACCGAAGUGAAUUCUUCGAUGUGAACGCGGACGCCGCUGACGCAGAGUCAAAUCUCGAUGGCGGUGGCGGUGGCGGUGGUGUAGGCCGUGUGGCAUCACUCAAUUUCAUUAUAUUUAUUUGCGUCGAUUUGCUAUUCAUUUUGCUCUUCUGUGCGCUCUUCGUCAUUUUAAUCAAGAAACUUUUAUGGCUGUGGCAUAAAAAUCGAAAUAUUCACGCACAUCCGCAGGAUAAAUUCAAUGUGGCGAUGCGUAGACGCAUUGGCCUAAUUUAUCGCACCGGUUGUUUGCUCGUAAUGAAAUUAUCAACGGAUGCAUUAUUCAUUGCAUAUGUAAAUUCAACACAAAAUUCAUGGUGGUCCUAUCCAUUUGGCAUAUCUUGCACUUUGUUGGGUUUUACUAUCCUUUAUUGCUUCGUUAUAAAAGCGGAGAGCAGCUUACGAGCGCCCCCUAGCAACAGCAGCAGCAGCAGCAGUGGGACGCUAAAGAAACAACUCAGUACAAGUAAAACCAGUUUGGAUGAAAACUAUUGCACCGGAGCUAUAAAUAGUCCGCUUAGUUUUUACUCAAGUCACGAAAACGAGAAGGAAAACGAAAGCGGCGCACCCGUAACAACGUUGCUCAUUCCGCCACCACCGCCAACGCAACAGCUAGAAAUUUCCAGUGGCGUGCAGCUGCCACUCACAAUCAUACCCACCGCGCAACAGCGUUGCCCAUUGCUGCCCACCUCGGCGUCGGCAGGAGGCGGCAAUGGCGUUAACACAUUCCUAAACGCAGCAAGUCUGGAUCGCAAACUUCCGCUGUCGCAUGUCACUUGCCUGCAAGAUACGACCGCCGCAGCAAUGACCUCACCCGCAACGAGAUGCUGCAACAUCUUAGGUGGUGGUGGUGGUGUUGGCGUAGCCGGCAGUGCUGUCAAUACGGCUACCACAUUGACCUCGUCGGGUGUACUAGGCAGCGGUGGUGUGGUUGUAACUACUGGCGGCAUGGGCUACUAUGAUGCCUAUGGUGCGGGCAUGGCACUUGGCGGCAUGACAGGCAGUUUGAAUAGACGACAGCUUCAUGGCUCAGCAGUAGCGACGGAAUUCGUCGGAUUGGAGACAUUGGAUAUAUUGCAGGGUGUGGCGCCACCAGACACCAUCAUUGGCAUUUGCAGCACAGCCGUGCCGACGGGAAUGUCAUAUCAUCAGCUACAGCAUCAUACAUUCCCGCGACAUCACACACCAGCACCACUGCAGCAACACCAGCAGCUACCUGUAUCGGCUCAGCAACAUGUUGCGCAACACCACGGUGCCUAUAUGGGCACUGCCAUGCUGCCAACAGCGAUUGUGUCGAUAAGUAGCGGCUUGCCGUUGCAGACUACAAUGAAUUACGUAAAAAGUAGCAGUGAAUUAACAGCAUCACCUACGCCACCGCCACCACCAAUUCAGCCACAACCAUCACAGGUGCCACCGACCACACUCACCAGCAUCAUUAGCACCACAACGGCCACAACGCAAACACCAAAGGCGCAAAAGCGUGUCACCAUUAUGGAGCCCACAACACACACCUUCGAUCCACUGCUGCCCACAAUGGUUGCCGUUUCCGGUGGAUCAGCCGCAACAGCACAUCAUCGGCUCGCGACGACGAUGAUGGCGACGCCACCGACGUCUAUUAUAACAAAUUCCAGCAAUACUGUGGCGACAAACAACAGCAACGUCGCUACAAGUGCGGUGAAUGAUUCAACCCAGAUUAGCAGUGGAAAUUCCUCAACUGCUGACAAUUCUUCUUCACCCGAAGACGAAAAUUCUAUGACUGGUAUGUUGGAUCGCAUAACACACGAUCUGGAUUAUUUGCUCAAUCGCACAAAUGAGUUGCCGCCAGAGACGCCAUGUGAUGAUGUAGUGACGGCGGCGGCGGUGACGACUACUACCACUACUGCAGCAACAACAACAACAACUGUGGUGACUAUUAGUCAAGAUACUGUGGAGCAAUUAUAAAUGGCGAACUAAAUAAGGCCUAUUAACUAUCACUAAAUAUUUUGUUCCUGUGAAACAUUUUUAGUAUCUACUGUACAGUAAAAAUAAGAUAGAGUUACAUGGUAAUGGUUGUCUGUGUAAAUAAUUCAAUUUGCAGUUGCAUAAGACUUCCGAUUUUGCAUAGACAUGAAUAAAGUUCAGCUCAAAGCACAGAGCUAUCGAAUUUAUUGUUAAUAAAGAAUAUAU